GGCUCCCCCUGCUCCCCCCCCCCCUCCCGCCCUGCCCCGCUCCUGCCCCUCUGCUCUCCAAUGAGACCGGCUCCAGCAGCAUGGCAGCAGUACAGCUCCCCGCCGCUGCCGCCGCACGGCGAGCCCCCCCUGGACGAGUCGUCCCUGUCCAUUCGCGCGUCGGCCGCCCUGCUGGACCAGCUCAUUGAUGCGGUGUCCGAGGCGGCCGACCGGGCCGAUGCGCGCCUUCGCGUCCUGGCCGGCUUCCAGCCCCCCACGCCGGGCGACUGGCUCGAGGACGAGGACGAGGAUGACACCACCAACUCGCUGAUCGAUGCGUAUGCCUUCGAAGAGCCGGCCGCCGAAUGGGGCCCGGCCGGGCCGAGCCCUCUCGGCCCCCCGCCGCCACGCGCCGAGGGGCCGCCCUCCGGGAGAUCCCCCUCGCCGUCGAUGCCGGCCCUGAGCCCGCUGCUCCCGGCCACCGGCCGGGCCCCCGGCGACCCGGGCGUGUCGUACCCCUCGCCGCCGGGAUCCGGCUCGCCGCCGGCCGACGCGCACGCCGACCUGGCCGAUGCCCACUUCGGCGCCAAGCGCCGGCCCUCGCUGCCCACGCGCCUGGACGCCGAGCACUCGCUCCCGAGCGCCGGGCCGACGGUGGUAGCGCAGCCCGGCGGCCCGACCCCGGCCCUGGAGCAUGAUGCCCUCCUGUCCGGGGCCGUGGCUUGCAUCCCCGGCGUCAGCCUCCCACCGGGGCCCCCUCCCCGGGGGGCCGCCGCCCAUCCGGCCGUCCGAUCUCAGCCAUCCUCCUCCCUGGAGUCCAGCCCAGCGCAUCCCUUCAGCGGCCGGCGGAGCCACUCCUCGGACCUCCACCAGUCGCCGCGCACGCGAUCGACCUCCUUCAACUACACCCCCGCCCCCCGGCGGCCAUCCACCUGCUCCGAGUCCUCGGUCGGGUCGCUCGGCCCGCCGGCCGCUCUGGUGGCCAUCCCCCCGCACCUGGCCACCAGUGCCGGGUCCUCGCCCGGGAACCGCCUGCUCAGCUCCAUGUCCAGCAUGAUCUCCCGCAAGUUCCCCUUCCUGUCCAUGCUCUCCUCCGCCUCCCGCGGGUCAUCCAUGCCCCUGCGCAUGUACUCCUCCCGGGACCUGGCCGCUGCCUGCCAGCAGGGCGACGUCCGCCGCGUGAAGAAGGUCCUCCUGCAUGCUCGGCGCUUUUUCGGCCAGAUCGCCCCCUCGCGAGCGCACCCGCAGCCCUUCGGCGACUUCGGCCAGCCAUGGCCCUACUACUCGCCGGGCUGGUUCCAGGCCCUGCACGAGCAUAUGGGCCGGCAGGCCGCCAUGUCUGGCGGUGCCCCGGCCCCGGUGGCCGGCCGCACCCGGCCCCGCACGCCGCAGCCCGCUGCCCCCUUCCGCGACCUUGGCCGGCGCCCGGCCACGCGGUCCGACUCGUCGCUUCACAUCCCCUCGCUGUCGGGAAGCCCGCCGGCCGGCACCGCCCCCAUCGGCCCCGGCACCGCCGCUGCCGCUGCCAUGGCCACCGGCACCACCCCGGCCGACGGCAUCCCCCCCGGCAGGGCGCCUGCCCCCGGCUGCCGGUCGGCGGAUGCCAGCUCCUGCGACUCGCUGCGCAAUGCGGCCCUCUCGUCGCUGGAUGAGACCCUCAUCUUUUCCUCCAACUACUUUGCCGGCCCGGCGGACAGCUCGUACCUCUGCGGCAUGGGGCAGGAGGAGCCGGAGGAUGGCCGCUCGGGCCCGGCCCAUGGGCCCGGCCUGGCGCGGCUUCCCCUGCUGGAUGCCGAUCUCGACGCCGCCGGGCGCAUGCUCGCCUCGCAGUGCGCCUAUGUGGUGCUCAUGGCGGCCGGCGUGCCGAGCCCCGACCCGCUGGUCGACGCGUCGUGGGGCCCGCACAAUGGCUGCCCCCUGUGCUUGGCCUCGGAGGCCGGGGCCGGGGCCGACAGCGCCUCGCCCUCGGUGGGGCAGCUGGCGCCCGAGCGCGACCCCGAUGCCGGGCCGGCCCUGUGCGGCCCCUGCGCCGGUCAGCUCGAGGAGACGGGGGCCGGUGCUGGCGCCGGCGCCGAUGGCCCCUCCGCCACCGGGCCCAGCAAGAGCUGUCCAACUGCCCGGCCGACUGCCACUCAGCCGGUCGGUGGCCCGGGCCGGGCCCAGGCCGACGCGCAUCCUGGCCCGUCGGCCGGGCCGUCGUCCUCCGGCGCCGGCCGGCCUCUGAGCGACCUGACGCUGGACGCCCAUGCCGAGCACUUCCGCCUGGUCGGCGGCGACCCCAGCUGCCCGAAGUGCCUGUCCGCCAAUGCCAAUCGCCCGGCCAGCUUGGAUCUAUCGCGGCAUUUGGAGAAUGCCGGGGCCGGCAGCAGCCCGGGCAGCGCGCGAGCUGGCUCUCACGCUGCCUGCGCGGCAUGCGGCCGGCCAGCCGGCCCUCCGGCGCUCGGUGACCGGCCGCAAGUGCACCGCCACCGGCCCCCCGGGGCAGGGGCCGGUCCCCUCCCCUGGUCGGCCUCCUCGUCGCCGCAAUCGCUGCCCUUCACCCACCCCACCCCGCCGCCCUCCUCUUCGUCGCCCUUUUCCUCGUUCUCCUGCCACUCCUGCGCCUCCUCCUCCUCCUCCUCCUCCUGCGCCUCCUCCUCUUCCCCCUCGUCCUCCUCCUCCUCGUGCGUGUCAUGUGCCGCCUCGUCCAGCCCCUCGUCAUCGGCCUCCUCAUCGCCAAGCUCCUGGGCCGGCAGCAAGCCCUCGGUCACCAUCCUCCGGUCGACCCCCUCGCCCACGGUUGGCAGCCCCUCGCGCGGGUUUGCCGGCUCCUCCGGGUCUUCCUCCUCGCCCUCCUCCAGGUCCCUGGUGGCCAUUCGCCACCGACGGGCGGCCAGCGACGGCGGCGGGGUCUUCCACACUCGCAGCCACGCCUUUGCUCCAUUUGGCUUUGCCACUGACGGCGGCGCCGGCGGCGCCGGCCCCGGCCUCGGCAGCCCCGGCACCGGGGGCCUCUUUCAGGUGGGCCCGGUGUAUGGGCCGAUGCUCGGCCGGGCGCCGGCCGGCGCGCACCUUGGCCCGUGUGCCACUUGCCAGGGGAUCGGCUCGCCGGCCGCCAGUGGCCUGUGCCCGGCGCACGCCGGCACGCGCCUCGCUCCCGGCGCUGCCGGGGGGCUGCUGUAUGGCGCCGGCGCCGGUGGCAGCUCCCCCUCCCCCGGGCCCGGGGAUUUCCGCCCGCCCGGCGGCCCCUGCAGCUGUGCCGGCCACAGCGCGGUGCCGUCGUGCAACUUUUCCUCCGGCCUGCUGUUUUCCAUGAACAUGCAGCCGGACGUCGAUCACUACGCCACGUCCAUGGCCCCGGUGCUGGCACUGGCCGAAACGGCCGGCGAUCCGGUCGCCGCCUUGAUCUCCUUCAUCAACUUCCCCGACCCCAUCAUGCUCUCCGCCAGCCAUCUGACCAUUGAGGCUCUUGCCUCGGUUCGGUCCUCCCACCUCACAUCGAGCGAGCACUUCAGCGCCAGCAUGGCGCUUUCCACUCUCUCGCCACAGAGCUACUACGGCCACAUGGCCACUGACGAGUCCAUCAGAGCGGCGCUCUGA